UCAGGCCUGGGCAAGUGACGCUGACGUCUGAGCUUGGCCAUGGAGCGUUCGGGAAAGUAUGGAAAGGUGAAAUAGAAGCUGGUUUAAUACGAGAACUAAAGACAAGAGUGACAGAAGAAGAAAAACCGCCCAAACAUAAGGAAGUGGGAACCACAAGAGAAAAUGUAGAGACUGUCACUGUUGCCGUAAAGGUGUUGCAUGAUGCUACUUCCGAUGCACGUGGCGAAUUCCUACGCGAAAUCGAGCUGAUGAAGAUCGUUGGUUUCCAUAGAAACAUAGUCAGCAUGCUGGCUUGUUGUACUAAGGAAGAACAGGUUUUUCUGGUUGUAGAGUACGCGAUGCACGGAGACCUGCUGAAUUUUUUAAGACAAAAGAGAGACAAGUCCUUUUUCCAGAAUACCUCGAAGGAAGAAAUGAUGUAUGAAAACAGCGAACAACUUCAAAAAGUGGAAACCUUUCUAAAGGAAUUUCUUUCAUUUUCUUGGCAAAUAGCACAAGGAAUGGCAAGUGCAAUAUAUGAUCAAUUAACUUUAUUCGUGCUGAUAUUUUCUUCUCCGUCAUAUUCCUUUACACCAUGAACCAAUCACUU